UAUACGUCUACAUCUGUUUGUUUCAUCUUUUGGUUGGAAUUUAGGAAUAAUAGAUGUGUAAACUGUAAAUAUUAUUUUGUUGUUUUUUUGUUUUUUUUCUUUUUCACAUGGUGACUUGACUUCUUUCCUUUCAGUGUUUGUUGCGAGGAGGACUUUAUAGCGAUGCACACCGGAAACAAAACGUGGAGAAACGGUUGUCUUGUGAAGCUGACCUUGAGCAGGCAAUGGUUGGUCAUCAAAAAGAACGUCUUUCUCAGCCGCAUGGGGAGAGCUCCACUUGGCGGCAGGAGGAUCUACAGCCCCCUCAUCUUAAAAAGGAAGAGGAGGAACUUGUGGUCACCCAAGGGAGAGAGCGUCUUCCGGGACUGGAAGAAACUGUUCUGACUGUUGUCUCUGUGAAGACGGAAGACGACGAGGACGAACCACAAGACGACAACCUCUCAGCUCCACUAUCAUGUAGUGAUGACAUGUCGUCACACUCUCCUGACGAUGAAGACUGGGACCAUCCCCAAGAUACAGACUGUGAAGGUGAUCUUAGGACUCAAACUGACAACAAACACCCUGAAUGUUCUGAAAAGAAAACAGGCAAAGAAUGUUUGCUCUGUUCAGUUUGUGGCGAAAGAUUUUCCCAGGAGGACAAGUUCACUAAACACACGAGAACACACAGAGAAAAACGCUUCCGUUGUUCCGAUUGCGGUUUAGGGUUCUUUCGAAAGUCCCAUAUGGUCUCACACAUGAGAACACACACAGGAGAAAAGCCUUUUAGUUGCUCAGUUUGUGGCGAAAGUUUCACUCGAAAGGUAUCGUUGAAUACACACAUGAGGUUGCACACUGGAGAAAAACCUUUCAGUUGUUCGGUUUGCAGUGAAAAAUUCCCCCGAAAGGUAUCGUUGAUAUCACACAUGAGAGCACACGUUGGAGAAAAACCUUUCAGUUGCUUGGUUUGCUGUGAGAAAUUCACUCGAAACGAAUCGUUGGUAUCGCACAUGAGAACACACACUGGAGAAAAACCUUUUAGUUGCUCGGUUUGCAGGCAGACAUUUGCACAGAGGUCCACUUUGAACUCACACAUUAGAACACACACAGGAGAAAAGCCUUUCAGUUGUUCGAUCUGCGAUAAAAGAUUCUCUCAAAAGACCAAUAUGCUAUCGCACAUGAGAACACACACAAGAGAAAAAUGCUUCAGUUGCUCAAUAUGUGGUAAAAGUUUUGUGAGAGAGGUAUCGCUGAUUGCACAUGAAACGGCACACACAGGAGAAAAAGUGUUUGAUUGUUCAGUUUGUGGUAAAAUUUAUUCGUACAAGAAAACACUGACAGCGCACAUGCGGACACACAACAGCGAAUAAAUAUUUUACUGUCUUGUUUGCGCUGAACGAUUGUCAAAUCCUAAAAGUGCAAGCGAUGAUCUGCUGUUUAUCUUCUAACAUGAGGAGGAGCUUAUUCACAUGAAGUAAUGCUUUUGUGGUGUAAUAAAGAAUGUGUCCAUCAGCAAAUGUUAACAAUAAAAUUGAAUCAUUCAUA